AUGGCCCGGGUAGGUCGCCGCAAGAUCUACGUAUGGUGCCUCCUCCUCCUUACUGUGAUCCUCUUCGCCACCGGAUGCCUAGGUAUUCCUCCAAAGGCAGCUAGUCGCUCCUGGGGAAUCGGAUCACUGCUUCUUGUUUACACUUUCACCUAUGACAUCACAGUCGGCCCCGUCUGUUACUCCCUCGUCGCUGAGCUGCCGUCGUCGAGACUUCGCCAAAGAACGAUUGUGUUAGCGCAAAAUGCCUACAACAUCGUUGGGGUUGCAUACACUAAUAUCAUCGGCUUAUAUUCGCUGAACCCAACGGCAUGGAACUGGGGAGCUAAAUCGGCAUUCUUCUGGGCCGGUAACUGCGCUUUGUGUUUUGUAUGGGCUUAUUUCCGACUCCCAGAGCCCAAGGACCGCUCUUAUGCAGAGCUGGACAUGCUAUUCGAUCAGGGCGUCUCCGCGAGGAAGUUUGCAACGACCUAUGUCAAUCCUUAUGAAACCGAACGACGAUCCGGCCAAGAUUCUGAUUCCAAGGGGAAGGUUAUGAGUCAUGUUGAGUGA